AUGGAGGACUACGGGCGCUUCUUGGCGCUGCUGGUCUCGGCGCUGCUGGUCGGCUUCGUGUCGGUCAUCUUCUCCCUCGUCUGGGUCUUACACUACCGCGAAGGGCUGAGCUGGGACGGGAGCCUGCGGGAGUUCAACUGGCACCCCGUCCUCAUCAUCACGGGCUUCAUCUUCAUCCAUG